GGAGGCGUCGGCGGCUCGGGCAGGCUCGGGAGGACCGGAGCCAAGCUCCGCCCCCCGGGCCGCUGCCCAGGACCCGUGCAGGCCGGGAGCCUACGUGCCGUUGCCUCACCCUAGCACUCCCAGCGCAGCGCCCCGCGCACGGGUUCAAAGGAUCAUGAGGUACAUCAGUACCCGGGGAGGAACCCCCAGUGUUGACUUUGAAGGAGCCUUGUUCUCAGGCUAUGCCCCUGAUGGGGGCCUCUUCAUGCCUGAAGAGAUCCCCCAGCUGGACAGGGAGAUCCUGAAACAAUGGAGCACCCUCUCCUACCAGGCCCUGGUGACCGAGCUGUGCUCUCUCUUCAUUGACCCAGAGCUCAUUCCAAAGAAAGACUUGAAAGGUCUGAUUGACCGAGCCUUUAGCAGGUUCCGCCACAGAGACGUCGUUCACCUAUCCAGGAUGAAGAAUGGGUUGAAUGUGCUGGAGCUGUGGCAUGGUGUCACCUAUGCCUUCAAGGACCUGUCGCUGUCCUGCACAGGACAGUUCUUACAAUACUUUCUGGAGAAAAGGCAGAAACACAUCACCAUCGUUGUAGGGACUUCCGGAGACACAGGAAGCUCAGCCAUUGAGAGCGUCCGUGGAGCCAAAAACAUCAACAUCAUUGUUCUGUUGCCCCUGGGACGCUGCUCCAAGAUCCAGGAGCGCCAGAUGACGACAGUGAUUGAGGACAAUGUGCAUGUGUUUGGGGUGGAGGGUGACAGCGAUGAGCUGGAUGAGCCCAUCAAACACGUGUUUGCCGACGUGGCUUUUGCCGAGAAGCAUAACCUGAUGAGUCUGAAUUCCAUCAACUGGUCCCGGGUCCUCGUGCAGAUGGCUCACCAUUUCUUUGCCUAUUUCCAGUGUGCACCAUCCAUGGACAUCUGCCCACUGCCCCCUGUGGAGGUGGUUGUGCCAACAGGGGCUGCGGGCAAUCUGGCUGCGGGCUGCGUCGCCCAGCAGAUGGGCCUGCCUAUCCGUCUGGCCACGGUGGUGAACCAUAACGACAUUAUCCACAGGACUGUCCAGCAGGGCGACUUCUCGCUCUCAGGGAACACCAGCGCAACCUUGGCAUCAGCCAUGGACAUUCAGAUGCCCUAUAACAUGGAGAGGAUCUUCUGGCUGUUCUCGGGCUCAGACAGCGGGCUGGUCAGGGCCCUGAUGGAGCAGUUUGACCGCACCAAGAAGCUGCAGGUGCCAAGAGAGCUCCACGCCAAGAUUUCAGAGACCAUAAGCUCCCAGUCAGCUUCUGAUGAGGACAUCAUUCAAACCAUGCGGCAAUGCUGGGAGGAGAACCGCUACCUGCUGUGUCCACAUUCGGCUACUGCUGUCUUCUACCAUUACAGGCGACUGGCCUGUGAGCAGCCCAGCUUGCCCAGAUGCUGCCUGGCCCCAGCCUCGGCGGCCAAGUUCCCGGAUGUUGUUCUCCAAGCCCAGCUGGUCCCUGAGAUUCCCGCAGACAUCCGGGCCUUGGAGCACAUGAAGACUCAAUGCACUCCUCUUCGAAGAGGAGAGGACUGGACCCGAGCACUACGAAACAAAAUAGAGGACCUGUCCCGGCAGAGGAAGGGUGGCGUGAGCUCUCAGGGAUAACCCAGCCUGUUUUGGGACCUGUCCCUGUGGGUCAUUGAGCCAGUCCCUGAUGGACAAGAAUGAGAUUGGCCAAAUCCUCUGGGCACACACUCCGCGAUCUUUGCGGGAUGCCACCCAACGAGAAGACCUUAUGUCUGUUUAGAGCAAUCUACAGAAUCUAAUCUACAGAAUCUAAUCUAAUCUACAGAAUCUUUAGGGCAUUCCAGCCCUAAAGCACCGAGUCCUUGCCCCUGUACCCCUCCAUGGCAGUCUGGGGGAGCUCAGCUCAUGAAGGAGAAAAUCAACCAGAGUGCGUACGGAUGGAUUCCUUUGUCCAGAUUGCUGGAGACUUUUAGCCCCACCUUCACUAAUAUGUCCACCCCCUCAUUAAUCAUUCACCAGUCAGCGUUGAUUUUCACCUGUCAGAGCAUCUCCUUUUCCAAAGGUAUUUAAGCAUUCAGGAAUCUCCAUGGUUUUGUCUUUGGUUACUGAGAGAAACCAUUGACCAUCAAUUUAUUGAUUAUCAGCUAGCCUAAUUAAUAAAUUGAUUAGUAAUUACCCAG